AUGGCCAGUGACCGCCAUCACCACGAUCCCCCACCCCCCCUGCGAUGUGGCAUGCUCUACAAGAAGGGGCAAAAGACUGCGCUGCUCGGCCGCGCCAACUGGAAGCGCCGGUACAUCGAACUCACCCCCGACGCCAUCUUGUACUACACCGACAAGGGGGGGAAGCUCAAGGGCACGAUUGAUCUGACCCAGUGCACGACCAAGGACAUCCAGGCCAUGCCCCGAGACUGCGUCAAGACGAGGCGGUCGCCGUCGAGUGUGUGGCGUAUCGCGAUUCGCACUCCCGCGCGACGCUUCGUCAUGGCAGCGAAUACCCCCAGCGAAAUGAACCAAUGGUUCCACGACCUAAUUCGCAUUGUGCAAUACAGAACUACUGCCUUGCCCUCGUCAACGACAAAUUCUGACGUGUUUGAAUUGUAG